AUGCGCAGAAACAUUAUUGAAUUUCCUUCUAAGAAGGACGCUUAGGAUCUCAAAAAGAGCAUUCUUGAUUUUUAUAAGAAAAAGCCAAGCACUUUCUGCUUUUCAUACGAAUGGAUGCUUGGUAUUGUUCAGCCAAAAACUGAAUCAGAUUACAUUCAAAAUUUAUUUAGAUUCUCUACUCAAGGAAUCGUGCGUAGAUGCGAAACCUACCUUAAAAAAUCAAUUAUUCAUGGCAAUAAAGAAUUUAUUUUGCGCUUAGAAAGUUUUGGUGAUUCUAAGAAGACUCGUAUGUUUGCAGGUGUAAACCCAUUAGCAUAUGCAUUUGGAAAGAUUAUGUUGGAUUAUGUUUACUUGUUCAUAGAAGAAAAAAGCGAAGAGGCCAAAGAAAAGAUGAAAAACAAAAUCGAAAAGUAAAUCUAAAAAGAAAGAUAUUAUUCUGCUAUGCAAAACAUCUUAGCUUAUGAAAAUAUUUUCAACCAGAAACUAGAUGAAAACAAGAAAACUUGUGAAUAAAAUAUCUAAAAAUAAAAGUAGAAUCUUAGUAGUAUAUAACAAAGUAUUAAGAAUAUGCAAAUUAAUACUGCCAACACUACUUAAACCACUAACUCAAAGUCUACUUCACAAUCAUCCGAAAAGCCAAAAUAAUAAGAAAAAGACUCUAAAGAUAAAAAGACAACAGCAGCAGCAUCAUCAAAGAAUGAGAAUAAAAAAGAACAAAAAAAUGGUAAAGUCAAUCCUAAGGACGUAGAAGAAGACAUUGAAGAAGAAGAAGAUUUUGAAGAUGUUGAUGAAUUAUCUGAAAACGAGGAUGAAGAUGAUGAUGCCCACUACUUGUAAGAACAUGUUACAAAUUACGAUGAUAUGGAAGAAGAAGAAGACUCAGAUGAUGACUUAGAGUUAUUAGGAGAUGAAGAUGAUGAAGAAGAGGAAGAAGAUGAUGAUGAGGACGAAGAAGAAGAAGAGGAUGAAAUGGAUGAAGAGGAAGAAGAAAGAUUGAUACAAGAAUAAAUAUAAUUAAUCAAGAAACGUAAUAAAGAAGAAAAACUUUAAAAGUAAUAAGAAUAAUAAGGUAAAGAGAAUCAACAAAAAGAAAACUAAAAGAAAGUCCAAUAAAACUCUAAAGUCCCUGAAAAAACUAAAAAUAUUUCAAAAUAAAAAAACAAUAAUCACAAUAACAAUAAAAAUAAUGGUAAUAACAACCACAAUAACAACAAAAUGUAGUAGAGUUAAUUCAAUAACAAGAAAAACAAUAAGAAUUUUAAAAACAAAUAAAACAAUAACCAUUCAAAAAAUAAACAUAAUCAAAAAUAAAAAAGAAAGUGA